AUGAUGCUGGGCGUCGCCGACGGCGUCUCGCAGAUAGAGGACUUCGGCCUCGAUGCGUCGGAGCUCCCCAACGAGCUCCUGAGGUGCUGCGAGGAGCUCGCGAUGGCACAGCUCCUCCCGGACAAGAGCGCGAAGCUGGACGGCACGUACCGGGGUCCCAUCCCCUUGAUGAGGGAUGCCUACGAGGCCACGGAGAGCUACGGGUCCACGACGGCGCUCCUGGCCAUCCUGGACAACAGCACCCGGAUCCACGGGAAGCUCCAUCCGAUGAUCGCCGUGCUCUCGGUGGGGGACUGCGAGCUGCUCGUGCUGCGCCGUCUGAAGGGCCAGGAGCUCUUCGAGACAGUCUUCCAUCUGAAGGAUGCAGCGCAUCGAUGGUAA